AUGCCAGACACGUUCAGACACGGGCAAGCUGAAAACGAUGACGAGAUCGAUAGUGGCCAAAGGGCACGGUUCAAGCAGAAGACGAAGAAGAAAGAAAUCAUCGACGUCACCGUUUGCUUGGAACCUAUUUUGAAGCCGGGCCAUCAUGACGCCCUGGCUGAGCUGAAUACUAAUUCUCCCUUCCCGCGCGCAGAACACGACGGCCUUCGCAAGGACGGCCAGCCCGACCAGCGCGUCAACCAGCAAGGCUUCGCGUACGGCAAAGUCGACCCGCACGAGGCCGGCAAGAAGGGUGGCCAGAGCAGCGGCAGCGGCUCUUCGGAUUCCUCCAGCUCUGAUGGUAGUGACAAUCCCCAGGGCGCCGCGCACUUGGGUGGUGAGGGGCUCAGGAAGGACGGCCAGCCGGAUCAGCGCUUGAAGAUGAAUCAGGAUUCUCCUUCUUCUUAG